AUGUGGCUCGCUACUAUUUUCUUGGCUCUUUUCGCUAUAAUUCCAGAAGGAGAUACAACAACUUGCUAUGUUCAAAAUAGUAUUCUAAAUGUUUUGACACAAGCAUGUCCAGCAAAUGUCUACCAAUGUAUGCAAUUCACAUGUUCGGUAACAAGCCCGAAAAAAUGUAAGGAAUUCAUUGAAGUUCGGCCAAAUUUUUUAAAACCUUUUUUUCAGUCAAGCAAAUAACAAAAGGGUGCAACGAUUUAAAUAAUCCAGUCGUUUCCUGCACCACAAUUAUGGUAAGUUCUAAUUGCCAAAAUAAAGUAGUAUCUAUUCUCUUUGGAAUUUCAUACUGUAAACGAAUCUAUUUUUAGAACAAUUGUCAAGCUCUCGGAGGUGUUGGAAGAUGUUAUACUUGCACUGGAGAUUACUGUAACUCCUCGAAAAUCCCAAUAAUUUUCCUCUCCAUCAUUAUUCCUUUGUUUUUUUUCAAAACUCUUUGA